UUGAGGGAAGAGUGACAGACAAAAAAAUCGCAAUUUAAGAUGUCCAAAAGGGAAUUUCCUUUCGAUCAAUCCUGUCCAAUGCAGCUCAAGACUCAUGUGAACACUACUGAAUUUGAGAAGUCAAACAACAUGGAAAACGUUUAUGCGAAAACACUUGAAGCUUUGCGAGAAGGAAUGGAGCGAUACGAGAAUGGUGAAAUUGAGGAAGGAAUAUGCAAUGAAACCGUCAACUGUGAUCGUUGUCGCCAAACGAAGACUGGUCGCGGUGUGAAGUGUACGUUCUGUGAACGGAACGCAUGCGACGAUUGCAGGCGAGAGUGUGCACACUGCGACAAGAUGUUUUGUCUUUUGUGUUUGGUUGCCAACUAUGAUGAGAGGUAUGAACGAUAUUUUUGUCUUGGAAAUUUGCCUCAGAGAGAGAUGCUGGAAUACAUCAUAUCUAAAAACAAAACAAAAGCUGAUCUUAUAUGCUGAGGCAAGAUGGUCUUGUCUUUUUGGAUAACAAUCAAAAAGGGCUGUUAAGCUAUACUGCACCUUCAAACUGUGAAUUUCAUCAAGUAAUGGGAAGUUUUUUGGUCUUUGUUGAAGCAAACACUCUGUCAGUUUUGAGUUAGCUCAUGACAAUGAACCUUUGUUACUGUUAAACACAAUAAAUUU